AUUUCUGCAGCAGCAUUAGAUGUUCCAGCGAGGACUUUGCAUAAUGUUAGUCGAGGGAAGAUUAUUCUGCAAUUAGAUUUCUGAGAGAAACCACCGGUAGUUACCAGCCAGUCAUUACACCGACUGACAAAUCAUCUCAGGGGAGGAGAGCGAGAAACGGGUUAUUGGGUGCAUGAGGAGCGUAACUCUGCUGCAGACCGCCACAGCCUGAAGCCAUCCUGCCAAAUCUUGAGACCAUGUCUGGAGCCUACGACGAGUCCGCCAGCCAGGAGGAGACCACAGACAGUUUCUGGGAGGUUGGGAACUACAAACGUACAGUGAAGCGGAUUGACGAUGGUCACCGGCUCUGCAAUGACCUGAUGAACUGCAUCCAGGAGCGUGCCAAAAUUGAGAAAGCCUACUCACAGCAACUGACCGAGUGGUCCAAGAGAUGGAGACAGCUGGUCGACAAAGGACCUCAGUACGGCACAGUGGAGCGAGCUUGGAUUGGGGUGAUGACGGAGGCGGAGAAGGUGAGCGAGCUUCACCAGGAAGUGAAAAACAACCUGAUCAACGAUGACUUUGAGAAGGUGAAGAACUGGCAGAAAGACUUGUACCACAAACAGAUGAUGGGAGGAUUCAAGGAAACCAAAGAGGCAGAGGAGGGCUUCAAGAAGGCCCAGAAGCCCUGGGCCAAAAAGCUAAAAGAGCUCGAGGCUGCCAAGAAGUCCUACCACAUGGCCUGCAAAGAGGAGAAGCUGGCGUCCACCAGAGAGGCCAACAGCAAGGGAGAGGCCUCUGUGGCGGCUGACCAGCAGAAGAAACUCCAUGAGAAACUGGACAAAUGCAAACAGGACUCCCAGAAGGCCAAGGAGAAGUAUGAGAAGGCUCUGGAUGAGCUGAGUAAGUGCACUCCGCAGUACAUGGAAAACAUGGAGCAGGUGUUCGAUCAGUCGCAGCAGUUUGAAGAGAAGAGGCUGAGCUUCCUCAGGGAGGUGCUGUUGGACGUCAAACGCCACCUCAACCUCACAGAAGACCAAAGCUAUGCUACAGCGUACUCAGAACUCGAACGCACCAUCACAUCGUCCAGCCCGCAGGAAGAUCUGAAGUGGUUCAGCAACACUCACGGCCCCGGCAUGCAUAUGAACUGGCCACAGUUUGAGGAAUACAACCCGGAUCUCACCCACAACAUCUCGAAGAAAGAAAAGUCAAAGAAAAGCAGCGAUGGAGUCACGCUGACUCACGUCACGACAUCAGUAGAGCACGCUCAGGCUGAAGACCAAGGAAGUGUCAGCAGCUACGAGAAGAACCAGGCGUACACGGCCUCCACAGAGUGGUCGGACGAGGACCAGACGGCCCCGGACUCGGGCAACGACACCAACGGAGGGGCGAACCCCUUCGACGAAGAAGCGGUCAAAGGCGUGAGGGUGAGAGCGCUGUACGACUACGAAGGCCAAGAGCAGGACGAGCUCACCUUCAAAGCAGGGGACGAGCUGAUGAAGCUGGAGGAGGAGGACGAACAGGGCUGGUGUAAAGGUCGUCUAGACAACGGCCAGCUGGGUCUUUACCCAGCCAACUACGUGGAGCCGAUGUAGCCGCCCCCGCCGAGGACGAUUGUCUCGUCGGAGGGCAAACCCAGACUGAACCGUCCAGUCAUAACUGCACAUUGCCAGAGACUUGAAAGCAAAGCUUCCUCUUCCUGUCGGGCACAGUGAGCUGUCUUCAUCUCAGCGCUCAUCACAGAGAAGACUUUACUGAAGAUCUGUUCAGGACCGCAUCAUCACCCAAAUACUGCAACUGAAGCAAAAAUGUUUGAGUCUCUUUUGUGUGUCGCCGCGUUUGAUUUCAGGUGUGAUGCUAACCUGCCAUACGGUAUGUCCUCUCAUCGUCAGGUGUGCCUGGAUAGCGAGAAUGAGCUAUGCAUUGUGCAUUUCAUGUAAAUAUUUAAAUCUUUUUUUUUUUUACAGUCUGGAUGCUUGUACAGUUUCUUUCUUAUGAAUACAGUGUGUGUUCCUUUUUUUCCUGUGAAAUAUUUACAUGUUUAGCAUUAAAGGAAUAGUUUGACAUUUUUGGGAAAUUUGCUUAUUUGGUUUCUUCCUGAGAGUUCGAUCGACACCACUCUCAUGUUUAUUGAUAUGAAUCUGUGACCAGGUUAGCUUAGCUUAGCAUAAAGACUGCAAACAGAGGGAAACAGCUAGCCUGGCUCCGUCUGAAAGAAACUAAACCUUCCAGCACUUCUAAAGUUCAAUAAUUAACAAUCCAUAUCUCCCUUUAUUUAAUCUAAAGGACGACACGCUGCUGUUUUAGGAAUCAUUGACUCUGGCUAAGAAAGAGAUACAGCACAAGACGCCCCAUAAAACCACAACUGGUUAUUGUUGUUUUUGGCAGAAAUGAAACAAACAAGAUACAAAGUGUUAUUUAGCGUCAUGCUAAGCUAAGCUAACUGGCCCCGGCUUCAUGUGUAGAGCACAAACAUGAGAGUGGUGUUGAACCUGUUGUCUAAUCCUCUUUAAAGAAAAACUAAACUAAACAAAAAGAGCACGUGUCAAACUGCUCCUUUAAUGCAUGUUGGUUGUUUUCCUGCUGCACUCCAUAGCAUGUCACUGAAUCAGCAAUUUAAACCCGAGAUAAAAGACCAUCAGUAAAAUAAACACACAGUCACACAGCAGAGCUUCUCCUUGAAAUGGAAAUAUGUACUCAUUGCAAGAAUUGUUUACACUAACCCCCCCCCCCCCCUCUCCCCCCGUCACUGACACGGUGCCUGUUAUAACUAUUACAUUAUAAUGUAACGUCUCCUCCUGUUUUGUCUUUCUGUGCAAUUAACUUAAUUUCACAAGGGUUUUUUAAUGUAUUUAUUUGUAAUCUAAGUUCUGCAGCUAAUUGUUUACUAUAAGUGAAAGUUAGUGACUCGGCAUUAUCAGCUUCCAGCUCUUCUCUCUGUGAUUAUGUGCAUGCUGAUGCUCCACACACUGUUUACCGCUCUGCUCUGAACUGAUCCAGCUGCAUGGCCUCCGUUUGUUUCCACCAAACAUAAUGAUCAAAUUAAAACUCUUAACUGGACGAUGAUGAUGAUGAUGAUGAUGAUGAUGAUGAUGAUGAUGAUGAUGCCAUUGAUUUGCAAUCCAUAACAUAUUUCAGUGUGUACCAAACUACAGGCUGUGUAAAGAUAUACGCAUCUUUAUUGGUUGUUUUUAAUCAAACUUUAUUGCAAACGAAGGGUUAGGAGUGCAUGUGGGCAGUACAUUACACGUUGUUUGGUUUGUUGCGCCUGGUAACCACAGGUGUUGAUGUAAACUACACCUUCAGUCGAUGAGGAAGGCGGGUGUAGUCUUACUGACGCAGACAGAGGAGGCUGCACAACAAAAAGCAGAAAGAGGAUCCGUCUCUAAAAUAUUGAUGAGACGGUGGCCUUCUCUGCUGCGAGAGAGAAGAUCCAGGAGGGAGGUGUCUCUUGUUCUGUGUUGCUCAAUGUAAGCACUGGAGGGGGGGGGGGGGUGAAAUAAAUAUUGCCUUAUCAAAAUCUAUCACCCUGCCACUACGAAGACUCUCAACCAUCAAACAAAGUGAAUCUGACUCCCGGCUGUGUUUACCCCGACACGACAUGCAGGCCCUCGUUGUCUUGACUGAAGAUGAUGCGAGUUUAAAGACUGACGGAGUUUCUUUUAACUUCUUUUGACUCUUAAACAAGUGUACUGUAAACGUGUGUAAAAAAAAGCUACAGCUGCGGCAGCCACUGUGAAAACUCGUGUGACACACUGAAGGACGGUAAAUCAACACUCGAAUGCUUCUUUCUUUUCCGUCUGGAAACAUUGAGAUGCAAUGUUCAGGAAAAUGUUCUUUCUUUGUUUUUAGCAUAGUGCUGUUAUUCCCAAACUGUAGUGCCUGUUCAUCUGCAUACGCAAAAAUAAAAGAUGUCAUCAGAAAACUCUGAGGCAUUUGAGACUCUG